AUGUCUGUGGAUUUUAAGACUUACGUCGAUCAGGCUUGCAGGGCUGCUGAGGAGUUUGUCAGUAUUUACUACGACACCAUGGACAGGAGGCGCCGGGCCCUGCCCCGGCUGUACCUGGACGAGGCCACCUUGAUAUGGAAUGGCAACGUAGUCACAGGGCUGGAAGACCUCGCUAACUUCUUUGAGAUGCUGCCUACCAGUGAGUUCCAGGUGAACAUGCUAGACUGCCAGCCGGUGCCCGGGCAGGCCACCCAGGCCCAGAGCACCGUGCUGGUGGUGACCAGUGGCACGGUCAAGUUCGAUGGGAACAGACAACACUACUUCAACCAGAACUUCCUGCUGACCACGCAGCCCACCCCGCACAGCACCGUGUGGAAGAUUGCCAGCGACUGCUUCCGCUUCCAAGACUGGGCCUCGAGUUAA